CCAAUAGCGUAAUUUGGGUAGGCAGGUUGUUGAUGCUUUUACAAGACCAUACACCCAGGUUUCGUAUCACGUUUCUUCUUCACAUAGCCUUAGUACUUUGCUUCCUUAAUCUCACUUUUUUUUUUUUCCUUUUCUUUUUAAUUCAAAACAACCUUAACGAAGUUGUAAAAUCGCCAUGGAUUUUGAGGCCGCCGAGCUCCAGGACUGGGAGGUGCUCUUGCCCAACCCGGUUCCGGCCGAUUCGGGUUUCGUCGCCUCAGCUGAGAACCCCAAUGCUUUUGAAGAAAUUGGGGCCGACUCUGAAGGUAUGGUUCAUGCCAAUUACUUCUCCAUAGAUUCUGCGGAGAGGUAUGUGGGUACCGUUGCCGCUGCUAAUGGCAGCGAGGCGGGCUCAGAGGCCUCGGACAACCCCAGUUGGAUUGAUCCCGGGUUGGAGACCGGGUACCCGAGGAAGGAUUCCGGUGAGUCUUGGCCGGACUCGGGCAGUGAUCGGUCUGAUGAUCGGAAAUUGGAGGAGUUUGAGGGGAAAGGAGAAAUGGGUAUUCUCCAGAAAGAGAAAAUUGGAGGGGUUUUUGAUGGAAUUGAGGAGAUAGGAGGUGGGAACGAGAAGAAAUUCUGGUCGGAUUCUGGUGGGAUAGAAAUGGGUGGGUUGAAAAUUGAGCAAUUUGAAGAGAGUAAGGAGUUGGGAGUUGAAGGAAAUGCAAAAUUGGACGAAACUGAAUCGAUUGGGAGCAAUAAUGUUGAUGGAAGUGAGCCAAGAAAAGGUGAGGAAGUAAAAAGGAGUGUGGUGUGGUGGAAGGUACCUUUUGAGCUUUUGAAAUACUGCGUGUUCAGGGCUAAUCCUGUCUGGACCUUCUCCGUGGCUGCUGCUGUGAUGGGGUUUGUUAUUUUGGGUCGCAGAUUGGUCAACAUGAAGAAGAAAACCAGGAACUUGGAGCUCAAAGUCACCAUGGAUGACAAGAAGGUAUCUCAGUUCAUGAGCCGUGCUGCACGCCUUAAUGAAGCAUUUUCAGUGGUGAAGCGGGCCCCUGUGAUCCGACCACAGUUACCAGCAGCCGGAGUUAUUCCGUGGCCUGUAAUGGCUUUGAUAUAGGAGGAUGUAAAUGUUGGAAAAUGCUACACUGCCUGCAGGAAUUAUGAUUUCAUGGCAAGUCUCAUCUCAUAUUGUAUGGUAAUGUUUUGUGCUUGUUUAUAUAAUGUGUCUACCCUACCUAUGGAUCAACUUCAAUGAAAACUUGGCAGACUUUUGUACCAUUUGAAAGCUAUUUACAAUCUAGUGUCUUAUUGUCUAUU